GAAAGAUAUUUUAAAAUUCUUUAUAUAAAAAAGAUUGAAUUAUUAAAUGAAAACUGAUAUAUUCAUAAUAUUUAUGUCAAGAACGGAAUUGUUGAAUAGGUAUUUGCUAUAAAGUGUCAACUUGUGUAUCAAUAUGGCGGCGAAUCUUGAGGAAGAGCAAAGUUUAAGAGAGUGCGAGGAAUACGUACAGAGACACAAUAUUCAACAAGUUUUAAAAGACUGUAUAGUGCAGCUGUGUGUGGGGCGUCCUGAAAAUCCCAUAUCAUUCUUGAGAGAAUACUUUCAAAAACUGGAACGGGAGCAGGCUCACGAUGCUAAGCAACAGAUUGCGACCAGUCCAGAGGAUACUGAGGACAUACCUGCUGGACAGCAAGGUCCUCAAGUUCCGAGACGAAGAGGAGGUAUCUCCGCGGAGCCGGUCUCUGAAGAAGAUGCGACAAGUUAUGUUAAAAAAGUUGUGCCCAAGGACUACAAAACAAUGGCUGCCUUGAGUAAAGCCAUCGCAAAAAAUGUCCUCUUCGCUCAUCUCGACGAGAACGAACGUUCUGAUAUAUUUGACGCCAUGUUUCCUGUCACGUUUUUGCCCGGGGAGGCAAUUAUUCGUCAAGGCGACGAAGGUGACAACUUUUAUGUAAUCGAUCAAGGAGAGGUCGAAAUCUUUGUCAAUGGUGAAUUAGCCACGACCAUAGGAGAAGGUGGAAGUUUCGGUGAACUUGCAUUGAUAUAUGGGACUCCACGUGCUGCGACUGUUCGAGCAAAGACCGAUGUUAAAUUAUGGGGUAUCGAUAGAGAUUCAUAUCGCAGAAUUCUCAUGGGCUCUACAAUAAGGAAACGAAAGAUGUAUGAGGAGUUCCUUUCCAGAGUUUCAAUUUUGGAAUCUUUGGAUAAGUGGGAACGGCUCACAGUAGCCGAUGCUUUAGAACCGGUGGCAUUUGACGAUGGCGAGACAAUAGUUCGGCAGGGUGAACCGGGUGAAGAUUUUUACAUAAUCGUCGAAGGUACAGCUGUUGUUUUACAGCAACGUUCAGAGGGUGAAGAAUUAGCGGAAGUAGGUCGUUUAGGACCAUCCGAUUACUUCGGUGAAAUUGCAUUGCUAUUGGACAGGCCGAGAGCAGCGACUGUCGUAGCGCGAGGCCCUUUAAAAUGUGUGAAACUCGACCGAGCAAGAUUCGAGCGAGUUUUAGGUCCGUGCGCGGAUAUUUUGAAACGCAACAUCACCCAGUAUAACAGUUUCGUGUCCCUAUCCGUAUAAAUUGCCGUACCAGUGACAUUAUCAGCCACCCUGGUUUCUUUUCAUGAAAGUACGUUUCACUAUUAACAUUUUUUAUUUGAGUAAUAGCGUAAGUAAUAACCAUACUGUUUCGGCUAACGAUACUUGUGUUAAGAAUUAUAUAUGUUGAAUUAUGCACGACUGUCUGUUAAAAUUGUAUGAUGUGGCAUGAGAACAAUUUGACAUAAUUUUAUACAAUGUUGUAUUUUUUUAGUCUAGAUUUUGAUAGAUUUGGAAUUGAAGAUCUAAAAUAUUUUAUUCUCUUUAUAAAUCAAUAAGGUAGUUGUAUUAUUAUUAGAUAGUUAAAUAAAUGUAGCUCGAGCAAUUCUUUCAAAACUUUGUCAUUGUAUUUGUUACAUAAGUAAUUUUUAUGCUCAUUCUAUCAAUGUAUGCAGUUAACACAUGCUUCUGCAACGACAUAUAUAAUUCUUAAAACACAAACUAAAUAAUUAGAAAUGUCGUGAUACAUCAAGUUAUUACGCACUUUGUAGUUUGCAAUGCUGCGAUAUAGAGGUCGAAUUUUGGCCACUUUUACACGAACAUAUUUCCCGAGAAUGUACGAAAUCCGUGAAAACAUUUGAAAAAAUUCGAUAAAUAUAUGUUUUAUUUCGCAAAAUUUUUCGACGAUGUUUGGUGGAAUGAAUAAAACAAAAUAUUGUUUCGUUAUUGAA